AAACCACUGACUGGGCAACGUCAGGCCUGGAGGCUGUGAACGGGGCGUGUGGAGAGAGAGGCAGCGGAGGAGCUGUGGGGUGUAGCUGGUUACUCGUGUACAGGUGCUAGUGUUAUGAUUAUAUAUACUGUAUUGCAACGUCUGUAGAGUUCGGGUGGUCACGGGUUAUGAACUUAGUAAUACAGCAAGCGAAAGUCCUGGAAUCCUGUUUACAACAAAUCCGUAACAACGACGCUGCCUGCCUGUGUGUGUGAGAGAGAAUCUGGGAAUGACAGCGAAGAAAAAAUAUAUAUAUAUAUAUGAUGUGACCGUCUUUAGUACCGCUAUGUAACAUGCAGUUGUGACGCGGAUCUGUUAAUAUCAUCGCAAAGGAAUACACACUGAUGCAAAACAAGAAGAGGCGUGCGUGGCUCUGCAGGAUUAGAUUUAUGAAUGGACGGAGUCGUGAAUGGUUUUCCACAGAAUCAGAUGAAAAUCAGUGGUCUAGGAGGAACAUAAUUUGCCGAUUUGAUGGGACUGGGGCAUCUCAACUGUCCAGCUUCACGGGUUUGAUGGGACUGGGGCAUCUCAACUGUCCAGCAUCACGGGUUCAAAGGAGGAGGAUAUAAACUGACUAGACUGAAAAGUGCGUUGUUUAUUUUUUAUUUUUUUAUUGUUGAUUCAGCCAAAACAGAAUAAUGAGUAGCUAAUAAUAACCAUGACGGCAGAAAAGCGAGAUGAUGCCGUGUUUUAAACUCCAAGCCAAAUGCGUGCAUAGUUAAUAACGGAGAGUAGAAAUGACACAAGUCACAAACAGGUCGAUUUCACAAUGCUACGCUAGGACUAGGCUUAGCACCCUUCUCGUUGUGGCGGUGAUGCUGGGAGAGGCCAGGAUGGACUGAGCUGCUAUUCAUUUAAACCCAAACUCUUCUCAUAGUUGUAGAUCUCCAGCAGUCUUAUCCCCGGACAUCCUAUUCGUAUGUACAGUGCUGCAGCUGUAGUGCGCUCUGAAGAAUCUCGCAUCACUUUGAAGCGCAAGCUCGGUGUCUCUGGUUUUUGGUUUGCUGCUUGCGUCUUUUCAGCAAUGGCACUGAUCCACGAUAUCAGGAGCGCUGUCAUCUCUGCUCCGUCCAGAAACAACACCGUGUCCUCAUCGGCAAGCCUGACCCCCACGGCAAGCGACCGGGGCUGUGAGAACGGAGCCCUGAUGGACAGCUUUGGGAUCUUUCUGCAGGGGCUGCUGGCAGUCGUGGCGUUCAGUACAUUGAUGCUGAAGCGCUUCCGGGAACCGAAGCAUGAGAGACGGCCGUGGAGGAUAUGGUUUUUGGACACUUCCAAGCAGGCUAUUGGGAUGCUAUUCAUUCACUUUGCAAACGUUUAUUUAUCAGACCUCACUGAAGAGGACCCCUGCUCCCUGUACCUCAUCAAUUUCCUGCUAGACGCCACGCUGGGGAUGCUGGUGAUCUACACGGGGGUGCGCGUGGUCUCGUGGGUCGUGGAGUGGCAGCAGUGGGACUCUCUGCGCUUCGGGGAGUAUGGAGAGCCCCUGCAGUGCAGUGCCUGGGUGGGCCAGUGCGCUCUCUACAUCCUCAUCAUGAUGUUUGAGAAGGUCGUGAUCAUCCUGGUCUUGCUCUUACCUCAGUGGAAGAAGCUUGCGCUCCUGAAUCCCAUUGAGAACCCCCAGCUGGAACUGGCCAUUGUUAUGUUGAUAGUUCCCUUCUUUGUCAAUGCGCUGAUGUUCUGGGUGGUUGAUAACUUCCUCAUGAAGAAGGGCAAGACGAAAGCCAAGCUGGAGGAGGAGAGAGGGGACGAUUCUCGCAGCAGCAGAAAGGUCCGUUAUCGGCGGGCUCACUCUCACGAGGAGUCCGAGUCAGAGAUCCUGAUCUCCGCUGAUGAUGAGAUGGAUGACUCGGAUGGAGAAGAUGAUCUGAGGAGGCUGACGAAUUCCAAACCCCUCAAGAAGAAGAAGAAGCACCGGCUCGGGCUGCCGGUAUGAUCCCCUCCUCAGCCCGGUGCUGCCAUCCCGAGAGGAGACUGCUCCACCGGACCGGUCCAGUGGGCUCUCAGAACCCCACUAAACUAAUCCCCUUCCAGGGCAACUAAUGGACAGAGCAAGGAGUAUCAAAGACAGGUUGGCAAUCGACGCCAGGGAUUCUGCAGAGACGGGAUUUUUACAAGUCAGCCCUGCGUUGAAAUUAAAAAGACUAUAAAUAUA